AUGGGCGGCAAGGUGAGAGCAGCCUUAGCUUCACACAAGCUUCACAAGCAGACGAUCGCUGAACAAUGCUAUGAUCUUCUCGACAUCUACGGCCGUGAAAUCAACACCGCCGAGUGGUACAAAAUCAUGCUCGCCGACGGAACUGAGCUUGGUAUGAGCCGAGAAAAUCUUGGCAGGUUUUAUCCCAGUGGUAAAGGCGCAGUUGUCCGGUACCGUGACCGCAGGUUCCGCGACACAGACGAAACUCUAUACGGAUGGUCUGAAGGUGACGUGGGGUACAUUAAAGGGAUUUCUGUCCUUCACAACGGCAGUCACCGCCGCAUGCACCUCAGCUUGAGUAAUUCCACGCAGCCGGGUCUGCAUUGGUAUGAAAGUGACGACUCCACAUCUGGAUUCUACGCAGCGCAAAUUCCCCGAAACCGGAUUGUUUUAUAUGGACGCACUCGCACGGGACAGAAAAUCGGUUUGAGGGUUGAUCGGGAGAGUGUGGAUAUUAUGGGACAGAGCACCAGUGACUGGCCUUUGGGUCUUGAUUGCGCUUUUGUUCCAGUCGGUAACAGCCAAUGGGCGGCUAAUGUUUGGGGCGGCGGCACCGCAGAUGAUGAUGCGGGUUCUGGAGGAUUGGCAUUAGUAGCCUGCGGGGCAAAACUGGUUUCGGUCGUGGCACAAACCCCAUAUACGCAUGUUGCCAAGGAAGAAAAAUCUUGCUACCCUCAGGAAACUACUCCGACAAAGGAGGCACGUCGCGUUCGAGGAACCGGGAAGACACAUCUGAACCGCAUGUUCCGUUUCCUUCUCUGA